CGCCUUCAUAAUGCGCACUCACAUGACGAAGUUCUCGCGAAACGGCUGUUUCAACUUCUCUUUAUAAAGAUACAUUUCACAAUAUUUUAUUAUAUUUAAUAAUUAAAACAUUUCAUUUAAUAAGUGUUUUAAAAUUGUGAUUAAUUAUGGGUAUGAUAUCCAGAGUGCGUGGCCGUAUACGGAGUGAUUCUUUCUCGAAGAUUCACACGAUCAAAUCGGAGGACAAAAUUGCAAAUAUCGUAUGGUUGAUCUCAAUAGUAUUCCUGCUGCCGUACUGGGCGCCGCGAGCGCUGCUGGUGGCGCUGGGCGGCGCGUGGCUGAUGGCCGCCUACACCUGCCUGGUGGUGCCGCUCCUGAUCUCGGCCAACUACCGCUACCCGGCGCGCUGGUACCCCGCCGUCGCCAAACUAGCUAGGAAACUAGGGAGACGUCUGCAAGCACCAGGCGCGCGUGUGUUAGGCGUGUUGAAGACCGCUUACGCGCCCAUCGAGCGCGCUGAGCGGCUGUUCUUGCAGAUGAACAAUCUCUCCACUAUGAUUAGUCAGCUAUUAAUUUUCACGGCGUGCGAUCGUCUUCUGGUAUUCCGAGGGCGGUUGACGUGUCUCUACUCCCUGAUGUUCUACAACGUCGUCACCUACUCCGUCAACUACGUGCGGGAGAUCUGCACCAAGGAGGACUGGUCUCCGUAUGUCAACCUGACACGCAACUCCCGCGUCAAACAUCUCGCGAUGUCCGCUACCAAAAUAGUCUUGGAAUGGACCAAAGCUGUGACAUUCAUUGUAACCAUAACCUUUAUUCUCCUCACCCUUGGACUCGAGCAAGGUUUGGAGUAUUUCCGUCCUACAGCACUGUACACACUCAUAACUGGCACAUAUUAUUUGCUAUCUGAGAAAACGUUUCUAGAACUCUGGCCUAUCGCACUGACGGCGCUAAAGUUGGAAAGGCUGGAGGGUAUGGAAGUGUUGUAUUCUGGAUUUUGGGCGAGGGGUGUCACUACGGCAAUUGCUGUCCCAUUGGUACCAGCGCUCAUGUGGAGCGAGCGAUGGAGGUUGGCGGCGUUGAUUGCGUACAUUUGCGUCAUAUUACACGGGAGGUACAGAUUCGGUGAAGCGCUCAAUAAACUGAACGAAGCUCAGGGCUCGUUGGCAAGAUUUCGGCGUGCGACGGCAGAGGAACUCUCUACCCUGGAGGACGUAUGCGCAGUGUGCCUCGGGACCAUGAAGUCAGCGCGAGUGACUCCGUGCGCGCAUUUCUUCCACGCGGACUGUUUGCGGAAAUGCCUCGCCACAUCCGACAGGUGUCCGAUCUGCGUCAGAGAGUAUGUGUUUUGUUGAUGACUCGAUGAAGGACUUUGGAUAAGACUGGUUAAGUGACAUUCUAAUUGUCAAUGUGUAACUUUGGUGCUUUUUUAAGUAACAAAACAUUUAGCAUUUCUAAAACUAAAUUGACAGCAUUAAACAUAACACCAUUCGUCAUCGUGUUAGUUCCCUGGAGCAAUGACGUCGUGGUUGUUAUAGUCAAUUUAAUUAUUUUAUGUACUUUAUAUUAUGUUUCAUAGAAUUUGCACCAUUGUUUUCACAAAUUAAUUAGUUAUUUUUAAUACUGAAAUAUAUUGUGUUAGCUAAUAUCUGUUAAUAUUAUGUGAGAAUGGCCCAACUGGGCGUAGGCAAUUUAUAAUAUUUAUAACUACAGCUUGUACUUUAUAAGAUUGGAUUCCUCAUUCCUUGAAUAUGGUGAACUUAUUGUUCUGCCAUAACAACAUUUGUCAUUUUCGAUAGUACAUAGCCGUAUAUCUAACAGUCCAAUAUCAAAUAAUGCCAUUUAAUUUCCAUGUUUAAUAUUAUAUUUCAAGCCUUAUUUAGAAAAACAAUAUCUUCAAACAUUUUAAGAGCUCUGCAAAAUACUUACUCUGCAAAAUACUUACUCUGCAAAAUACGUACUUGGUCUAUCGGAACAUCCUACUUACCUACAUGUUAUUAUGUUUGAAAAAAGAUAAUAAAGAUAAGCUCACUCAAAGUUGAUAGACUUAAAACUAGGUCGCUGAGUAUAAUUACAUUUUAUUAUCGUAAAAGUUAAGUCAAACAUACCUAUAUAAAAAAACAUAUAAUAUAGGACUUUAGAACCUUUUCUGUUUUUAUAUCGGAUAAAAAUCACAAAAUAGUAUAGUCGUUAAUUAAAUUAAUUAAGAAAUAUUACAUAAUAAUUUUCAAUUUCAAUAAGAAUAAGAAAUUUUCAAUUUCAAUAUUUUUUACCUUAAAUGUAGGUACCUACCUAUCUAUUUAGUUUCCAUAGCAAAUAUUACUUACGUAUAUUAUAUUACUUAUGUUUAUAAUAGCGGACCCAGUCAAGCUUCGCUUUGACAGUUCGCAUCGCAAGAACGGAUUGCAAAAUAAAGCUAUCCACGACAAACGGAGUUUUUAGCAGCUUAUACAUUAUUUUUCCUGGCCCUUCAACACAUUUACAUAAUGUACCAAUUUAUUCGUGUAUUUUAUUUUAUAAGAAUUACUAUGAAGAACGUUAUUUUCAGUUACUUUACAGAAGUUACGUAUUUUGCUUCGUGCACUACAAGCUAAGUUUGUAAAAGUUUUUUAGAACUAGGUAAAUUACAGGUAAAUUAGGCCUUUACAGUAUACAGUGGCGUAGCGUGCCUUGGAGGUACCCUGUAUCAGAAUUAAUUGGGGGGCCCAAAUUAAGGUUUCUCACAAAAGAAACAAAAUCGCUGGCUCAAAAUAAAUAUGACAGUGUAAAAUGUUUCCAACUUUUGUAAUAUGAAAUUUAUGUCAGAUUCCAAAAAAAACUAUCAUGAAUGUUAUUCAUAUUAAUUAUAAAACACGGCUAAAACUCACGUGAUACAACGUCGGAGUAUGCCCGACUAGUUUCGCACCCAUACGGGGCCCUUAGUCAUUAGUUGGUUCUUGCAACGCGGUGCGAACUCAUACUCUGAAGUUGCAUUAUGUGAGUUUUAGCGGUGUUUUAUAAUUAUUCAUAUACCUACAUUGUUAUGUAUUCAAAUAGUUUCGUAUGUACCUACAUACAGGAAAAUGUUAAAAAUUAUAAGUAUGUAAAAGUAGAACAUACAUCACUUUUCAGAUACUAGGUAUAUUAUGUAAAUAUUUAUGGUAAACAUAUUUUUCUACGUAAUAGGUAAAAUGAUAAUAAACAUUAUAUUUGAUUGUCA